AUGGAGGAGAAACAAGGUCUUGAUAUCGAUGGGCAGGAGAUUUCCUUGGGCCCAUUCAAAAAUAAGCCCCCAAGAGAAAGGGAUAACAGAAGAUCUUCUUCAGGAGAGGCUGGGAAGAGCAAGGUGCUGUUCAUUGGGAAUCUGAACUACGACUCCACGGAGGAUGGCGUGAAGGAAUACUUCCCCAAUGCCACAGCUGUGAGAAUACUUACCCACCAGGACACCGGCAGAUCUAAGGGGUUUGGGUUUGUGGAGUUCAGCAAUGCAGAGGAUGCUCAGAAGGCAUUUGACGAGAGGAAAGGGGAGGUGGACGAGGUAGAGGAUUCCACGGGGGUCGAGGGGGCCGUGGUGGAGGAUUCCGUGGAGGGCGAGGUGGAGGAGGAUUUCGGGGGGGCAGAGGUGGAUUCAGAGGUCGUGGAGGUGAUCGAGGAGGGCGAGGUGGUUUUAGAGGUCGUGGGGGAGGAGACAGAGGUCGAGGGGGCAGAGGACGAGGCGGGGGAUUUGUACAGGGAUCUGGCAAAAAGACAACUUUUGAUGACAGUGACUGAAGAAGAGUAUCUUCCAUCCCAACUUACAACUGCAUUUUAA